AUGACUUGUUCUCCUAUCCAGCGGUCCAUCAUUCGUCUCGGCGUUCUCCUUCUCCUAUUUGAUGUUUACUUGACCUGGGCGCGACUCGAGAAAGAUCCCUCUUUGGCGACAACAUUCAUCUCCCGCACCCCAAUCAUCGUUCAAUACCUCUUCUUCCUCACCCUAAAUGCACUGGCGACCCUCGCGCAUCACUUGACGGUCCGUUUAGUGGCCUCAAUAAUUGUCCCCCAAAGUCGUCGAUAUGGCCAGUCGGAGGCCAACAACAGCGCCUACUACAGUAACACAGGCAGUACGGCCGAUGCUACAGCUACAACGACCCCCUUCCCCUCCGGCCCUCCAACACCAACAAUCAAACCCUCACCUUCGUCGCAAGCCAUCAACGCACAAUUGCAACAAGUGAACUCUGGCACGACCGCCCAAUCGAAACUCGCACCGAACCUUGCCCCUUCAAGCGACAUGCUAUCCCCCCAUGAUCCCUCUCUUACCCCACAGGGCAUACACCCCUCCACAUCCACAUCAUCCAUCUCCCUCCCACCACCAGCAAGACCAGCGCCCCUCCGUCGCGCCUCUACAGCCCCAAUUCAAAAUAUCAAACCCCUUCCCCCACCAACAGCCGCAAGCCCCACAGCAAUCAGCACGGCCCUGUUAGUAAGCAGCUGCGCAAAGCUAUUCCCUAUCCUCCUCGUGAUUUGGGGUGCAGACGGCAGCGGAAGCCAAGCCAACAGAGCGGGCAAUGAUAGCGCGACUCCACCUGGCGCACUGAGAAAAGAAGCCUCCACCCCGACGACGAGCAUGCUGAGCGCUAAAGCGGCCUUGUCUUCUACGCGCGACGCAGAGUACUCUGCAUCAUCUUCCUCGUUGGUAGAAACGUGGCUUGCGGUUGCGGAGUCGCUGCUAAGACCUUACCUGCCAACUAGGUAUCUUACGGGUUUAUUUGAUGUUCUCACCUCAUUGCUAUCGCUUGGUGUUGUUGAUACACAUCUUGUCCUGUUGAGUAACAUCGAAGCGCUUUAUAUUCUACUUGGAUGUGGUUAUCUCCGGGCUGUUACAGUUGCCGUUGCAGGGCAGAUUGCUAGAUGGGCUGUGCAGAAAGUCAUUCUUGGGGCUGUUGGGGUUGGAUAG